CGAGCCGUUCCUUCUCUCUUCAGGCAAACGGAAAACCUUUGCCUAGGCGGGCAAUGGCGGGCCUCCCUGGCGGCGAGUGGUGCUCCCGCAAGACCAUGGUGGCGCUGGGGCUGGGCCAGAUCGUCUCCCUCAUCGUCACGAGCACCGGCCUCGCUUCCUCCGAGCUCUCCCGCCGAGGCAUCAACAUGCCCACAUCACAGUCGCUCCUGAACUACAUGCUGCUUGGGGUCGUGUACGGGGGCAUACUGAUAUGCAGAAGGAAGCCUCUGCAGAUGAAAUGGUACUACUAUUUAAUACUGGGUUUCGUCGAUGUGGAGGCAAAUUAUCUUGUUGUUAAGGCUUACCAAUAUACAUCCCUGACAAGCGUUAUGCUUCUUGAUUGCUGGGCUAUUCCGGCUGUCAUAUUCCUUACAUGGAUGUUCUUGAAGACAAAAUACAGAUUUAGAAAAUGUAGUGGUGCGGCUACAUGUGUCACGGGACUUGUGCUAGUUGUCUUUUCAGAUGUCCACGCUGGUGAUAGAGCAGGGGGAACAAGCCCAGUUAAAGGUGAUAUACUUGUGAUUGCCGGCGCCACCCUUUAUGCCAUCAGCAAUGUCAGUGAGGAGUUUCUGGUUAAAGCUGGUGACCGAAUUGAGUUGAUGGGGAUGCUGGGACUAUUUGGCGCUAUCAUCAGUGCUUGCCAAAUAAUCGUAUUUGAACGCAACGAGAUAAAAUCAGUCCAAUGGAGUACUGAUGCUGUGGUACCGUUUAUCGGGUUUGCAGUCGCGAUGUUCAUGUUAUACUCUCUGGUCCCGAUUCUACUGAAGAUCAGUGGCUCAACACUGCUGAACCUUUCACUACUGACCUCAGACAUGUGGGCUAUUCUCAUCCGUGUCUUCGCCUACCAUGAGAAGGUCGACUGGAUGUACUAUGUAGCAUUUGGUGCCGUUGCUGUUGGACUGGUUACUUAUUCUAGCGAUACAAACAACGACGAAGGACAGGGACAUGUUGGCGAGGCUGGCCAAGGUGGAGGGGAUCUGCCGGAUGAGGAGGCUGCUAGCGAUCCCCAAUGCCUAGAUGUUGCAUCAUCGAACAGCCGAAGAUUCCAAGAUGGCAAAGGCCAUUAUCAUGCCCUCGUCAAUGACGAGCAUAAAGCACAAGAAGAUACGAGAGUACCUCGGGAGUAACUAGGAAAUGCAGCCUGGGACCGCAGAAUGGCAGCAAAUAAUGGAGCUGGAUGCAAUGUAACAUUUUUAUCCUCUCUUUGUUCCUUUGGUUCCUACAUACCACAGGUGCAAAUAACCCUGUUGGGAUUUCUUGUAUGUAAUUGGGCAAGGAUGUAAGCGGAGCUCUAGACUGUUACACAGGAUUUUUCCCAGACUGCCAAGGAAAUUGAACUGUUACCAAAAUCCUAUUGUUGGAACAUAUAAGUCGAGAUUUAGCCA